GCUUGGUGGUGAAUUAAAUUUGGCCUUGAUGCUCUUUAUCACGUUUUAUUUGAGCAAACAUACGUAGGGUGUUUAAAGUUAGACACCUUCGUCUUUCCUGCUCUCAAUUAUUUUUUGAAAUGCUAUAAGUUGCUCGAAUUCAGGAGAAAUAAAAUCUUAAGGAAUCAGUGUUCAUUAACUUAUAAUCAGAACUCCGCGUUUGAUACCAAGCCAUAAAUUAAAUGUUAGACGGACAAACUUAUAUUACUUUCAAAGCUUUUUUUAAUAAAAUCUUUGUCUUGGUUGCAAGUCAAAACGGUCGUGUAUUCAAAGAAAAUGCCAAUACAUUGACGUCAAUCCUUUUGGAAAUCCGAAUGCCUGAUUGAAGAUUGUAGCGCUCUUUAACUAAAUAAUAUGAAUGUUCGAACCCAUGUUAGUAAGAAUUUUUCAUGGAAUUCAAUAGAUUCAAGCAGUAAUGGUCCAAGCUUAUUGAAGAAGUUUUUGCGAAAGGCUGCGGAAACUGCUUCGUCCUCCAUAGACUUCAAUUUAUCAUUUAGAAAAGCUGAAAAACAAAAUAUAUUUAACACUGAAUCUGUUAGUAAUCUCAUUCUUCAAGACAAACCCACCUUCCAUCGAAACAAAUCACUAUUGGAAAUGAAAAGGCACACUCUUGAAAAAGAUAGAUACAAGUCAUCAAUUCAUCGAAGAAGUAAGUUGGCAUCUAUACGACGACAACGAAAGUAG